AUGGGCAAAGGAAGUGCAGCAGUGCUAGCAGCACCAGAAGCAGAAGCAGUAGCUAUCUACCGGUGUUACCUGAGGGACGCAAUGUUGAAUGAUGAAUCCAUGCUGGUUGCAGUACCAAGCGCAUCCUAUGCCCCAGUCAGCCAGCCCAUCCGCACUCCAAGCAAGAUCUACCGCGGCAAGCGAGCGUGGUUAGUAAUCCAAAUCAUACCGUACCCAUCUUCACAUCCUCACCUAGAAACCCGUAAACCACAACUCGCCAAGCAAGCCGUGAUCCGUCCCAACGAAAAACCCACACCCCUCGGCCUCGUGCUCUCCCGCCUCUUCAUGACGCCCAAGCCCCGGAAACGUGCAAAUUUCGCUUACACCUGCCCCAAAAACCCACUUGAGGCGCAUCCCGUAUCCCUGCCUCUUCGGAUAUAA